GGCGGGCCCCCGCGGGAUGCGGUGAAGAGCGCGCUGCGCGGCGGCCGCGAUGAGCGCCUCGGCGGCCACUGGGGUGUUCGUGUUGUCGCUCUCGGCCAUCCCGGUCACCUACAUCUUCGACCACCUGGCGGCUCAGCGCGAUUCCUGGACAAUUGUAGGAGUUGCUGCCCUCAUCCUGUUCCUGGUAGCCCUAUUGGCUCGAGUUCUCGUCAAAAGAAAGCCACCUCGGGACCCACUGUUCUACGUGUAUGCUGUCUUCGGAUUUACCAGCGUGGUGAACCUCAUCAUAGGACUGGAGCAAGAUGGCGUCAUUGAUGGCUUCAUGACCCACUACUUGAGAGAGGGUGAACCCUAUCUGAACACUGCCUAUGGGCACAUGAUCUGCUACUGGGAUGGCUCUGUUCAUUAUCUGAUGUACCUCGUGAUGGUGGCAGCCAUAGCAUGGGAGGAAAGUUACAGAACCAUUGGCCUAUAUUGGGUUGGAUCUAUUAUCAUGAGCAUUGUUGUUUUUGUGCCUGGAAACAUUGUAGGGAAGUAUGGAACACGAAUAUGCCCUGCUUUUUUCUUAAGCAUACCAUACACUUGUCUUCCUGUCUGGGCAGGUUUCAGAAUCUAUAAUCAGCCAUCAGAAAAUUAUAAUUACCCCUCAAAGGUUGUUCAAGAAGCUCAAGCAAAAGACCUGCUGAGAAGACCGUUUGAUUUAAUGCUAGUCAUGUGUCUCCUACUGGCAACCGGAUUUUGCCUGUUUAGAGGCUUGAUUGCUUUGGACUGCCCAGCUGAGCUCUGCCGAUUAUAUACACAAUUUCAAGAGCCCUACCUAAAGGAUCCUGCUGCUUAUCCUAAAAUUCAGAUGCUGGCGUAUAUGUUCUAUUCUGUUCCUUACUUUGUGAUUGCGCUUUAUGGCCUAGUGGUUCCUGGAUGCUCCUGGAUGCCUGACAUAACACUGAUACAUGCUGGAGGUCUAGCUCAGGCUCAGUUUUCUCACAUUGGUGCUUCUCUCCAUGCUAGAACUGCUUAUGCCUACAGAGUCCCUGAAGAAGCGAAAAUCCUAUUUUUAGUGUUAAACAUAGCAUAUGGAGUUCUUCCUCAGCUCUUGGCCUAUCGUUGUAUCUACAAACCGGAGUUCUUCAUAAAAACAAAGUCAGAUGAAAAGGUGGAAUAAAAAUGUUAUAUCAUGUUCUUCCUCUCUAGAUUACUAAGUUUUGUUAUAUUGGUACUGAUUAUUUUGUCCCAUUUCACUCCUUUCUCAAACACAAAUACUAAAGAAAACAAAUUCUUGCUCUGCACUGUAUGUGUGAGCCUUAACAGUGUUGUGUGGGUAAAUUUUUUUUUGAAGGAAAAUUGAAGUUGUUGAGAAACAGCUUGUUUAAAGAAAUAAAUCAGAAUUGUCUGUGAAUAAACCUCA